AUGAGGCGUGUCCAGGCGUGCUAUCUCAUUUACAAGCAGUUCGAACCUAACCACCCUUCGAUUCAUGCCGUUCUGCUGUUGGGUAUGCCCGUCCUUCUGGCUCGGCAGCUGCCAGUUCUUCAGCAAAUCGGUGCUGUAGCGUCCCAUUGGGGCCUCAUCCUUGCACUCACGGCACUCUACCGCCGUUCACCCUUCCAUCCCCUGGCGAAAUUCCCCGGUCCUACACUUGGGAAACUCAGCAAAAUUUACGUGGCCUAUCUCACUGCGCGCGGAGAUCUCUAUCGCGUCAUCGAGAGCUGGCACGAGCAGUAUGGUGAUGUGAUCCGCAUCGGUUCGUGCAUGUUUGGUUGGGGUUUGAUUCAAUUGUGGAGCUCAUUCUGCCUUGCCGCAGGUCCCAAUGAACUUACUUUCUACUAUGACACCCGGUUGAACCCUGAAGGAGACUUCCAAUUGGAUGGUAUCCGCGACUUCUCCGUUCACGCCGCGCGCCGAAAGCCUUGGGCGAGGGCCAUGAGCAGCGCAGCCCUGAAAGGCUACGAACCGAUUCUGCAAAUGAAAACACUAGAACUUAUGGAGGAGCUGUCGAAAAGACACAGAGAGAAGAUUGACAUUUCUCACUGGACGAACCUCUUCAGCUUCGAUGUCUUGGGUCAUGUGGCGUUUGAUCGUGAACUCGGUUUGGUGAAAUCUGGUGAGGACUCUGAUGGUCUGAUCCAUAUAGUGGAGGGAGGAGUAUAUGCCGGCGCCCUCAUUUCCCAUGUGCUCUGGAUGGUGCCGUUCUUCAAAUACAUUCCCGCGAAAGGCCUGAGGGCCGUGCAGCUCCUAGCAGCUUCGUAUGUGCAAGAGAGAACAAGCAAAGGCUCGAAAUCGAAAGACUUGUCCCGCUUCUUUACAGAGGACGAAGGCGCAGCCCAAAGCGGCGCUACGAUGGGCGAGAUCACCGCGGACGGCAUGCUCGCGAUUAUUGCAGGAUCGGACACAACAUCGACGAUGCUGACCAACCUUUGGUACUUCAUGCUGCGUCACCCAGAGUAUGCUGAGCGGCUUCGCAAGGAGAUCGACUUAACGUUCCCGCCAGGGGAGGAUCCGUUGGAUUUCUCGCGCCAUGCGGACAUGCCCUACCUAAAUGCUUGCAUCAACGAGACGCUUCGUGUGCUGCCUCCGGCCCCUGGUGGUCUCCAGCGCACCGUAAAGCGCGGAUCUGGUGGUGCAACGAUAUGCUCUUACUUUGUGCCCGAAUGCACCCAAGUCUCUGUGCCCAUAUUCUCCGUGCACCGCGACUCGCGCGAAUUCUCGCCACUGCCCGACGACUUCUGGCCGGACCGCUGGCUCACCCAGGACUCGUACGUUCUACCUAACGGAGACGUCAUCGGCAAGGAGCAAGUGAUCACCAACCGCGGCGCGUUCAUCCCAUUCUCUUUCGGCCCACAGAACUGUGCGGGCAGAGCCCUCGCUAUGGUCGAGAUGCGUGCGGUGGCAUGCGUCAUGAUGCACAAGUUCGAGCUGCGCAAACCGAAGGAGUACGAUCUGAAUCAGUGGGAGAAGGAUAUGUGGGAUGCAUUAAUCAUGCUCAGGGGGAAGCUGCCUGUAAUUCUCGAACAGAGACAGGGGCACUAGGAGGUCUGGCUUUCUGGCUCGAUCCGAUAGAUCAGAGG